GUUCCAAUUUAUCAAUUUAAACUUGAUGAUUCUGUUGAGCCUUCUAAACGAAAGUUUGACCAUGACUUGGAAAAUGAGAUGCGAGUUGGCGAAGAACUUUAUUAUCACAGCACCUACAACCCACGCUAUAUUCAAGAGUUAAAUGCUGCUUUGGUUAAAACGGGGAUUAUUCCAGACAAUACAAUUAAAAAAAAUCUUAUUAUUAAGGACAAUUUUAAGAAUACUAAAUUUUAUAAAUUCGGUUUAUUAUUUCUCAAUGAGCGGGAAAAGUAUUCACGAAAAGACAUUUUUGAACUUCCUUCCUCGUUGCGAAAUACUGUCUAUAAAAUAUCCCUUCGAACUGGAUUUCAUUUGGCCGGUGACCUCUUUAAAGAACCAAUUAAAAAAGGUAUUGAGCGAAAAGAAAAGGAUUUUUGCCUAGAAAAUUUCAAAAUAAAUGUUAUCAAAAAAGCAAUUUAUAAACUUGAUUUUUAUUCCUUUUCUAAUCUGAAAAAAUAUUUUCCUAAUUUGAAAACACUUAACGAAUUUAUUACUAAAAAAGAGUACCUUGGAGAUAUCAAAAUAACUAUUUCCGGGCUUGGCUCGCAUUUAUCUUCCAAAAAUUCAGAAUGGAGGGGUAGUAAAAAAUUCCAACCGCAUCUAAUUAAAGAUAAAAUUAACGAUAAAACCCUUAAUUUUGCCGCCAAUGAAAGUAAUGAUAAAGAAUUUGAAAAGCAUUUCGUUAAAUACCUGGCUAAAUUAUAUGCUAAACUUAAAGAAAAAUACGAGGAAGUUUAUUUAAUUCGGAAUGAACGGUUUUUUAAACUUUAUGAAUUUGCCGAUGGAAAGCCUCUGGAACCUGAUUAUGUAUUAUUUUUGCAGCAAAAAGAAGUUCCUAAAAUUCUGUAUUAUCAAGUAUUUAUCGAGCCCAAGGGCAGUUAUCUGAAAGAGAAAGAUGCUUGA